CCUGUCAUUGUGUGUGAGUGUGUGCAUACCUGUGUUCAGCAUGUAUUGGGUGCCUGCCCCAGAGCAAGUGUCGUACCCCCGUCCCCCCCAGAAGAGAAGCCCCGGACAGGCAGACCUUGGCAGAGGGGCUAGUGCUGGCUGCCCUCCUCGCUGAGGAAGAGGAGGAGGAGGAGGCUGGGCUUCCCCAAGAGAGAGAGAGAGAGAGAGAGAGAGCAGCUGCGUCCCUGCUUCUCGCCCGUGGGUUCCCGCUCUGCCUUCCUGCCGCGUCCUCUUCAGAGACCUCCGAGCGAGAGGAUUCCUUGAGGCCGGGAUGGGGGGAGCGCCCUGCCCGCUUGCCUCCUGCAACGGACUGCAUGUGGUGGGUCUGUUAUGAGAGGAGGGGGCUCCGCCGUGCCCUCCUCCUCCUCCUCCUCCGGCUUGGCCUCCCAUGAGCGCAGCAGCAGCAGCAACGGCGCUGUCCGGCGUUGGCAUCGGCCUUGCCAGGCGCUGGGUGUCCCCCCUCAAACUUCCCCAGAAGCGGCUCUUCCGCAGCAGCCGGCAAGAUGUCUCCCAGCAUCAAGAAGGCGGACUGCUUCUCCCCGAUGCUCUGCCACUGCAAAGUCGCCUGCAGCAACAACACCCUCUCCUUGAUGUUCGGGUGCAAGAAGUUCCGCUCGCAGGAGGAGGAGAGCGCCCCUUCCCUGGCGCCCAGCAGCUCCUCCCCGCACCCGGCCCCCAGCGAAGGCACGGCCGCUCCGGAGCUGGUCCAGGUGUCCGAGAAGAGCCUCUCGCAGGUGGAGAACAUCCACGGACUCGUCUCCCACGCGCACAUCUCCCCCAUCAAGGCCAACCCCCCUCCGCUCCUUGUGAACGCAGACUCUUCGGAGACACCGACUUACGUAAGUUUCUUGUGGCGCAUUUGUGUGAUGCUUAUACGUAUUGCUUUGAAAUUAAAGGMAGGCUGCGAUGGGGGGAAAGGRGUAGGGGGUCAGGAAGGCAAWYGGGAGUGGGUUUUCCUCUGCUUGGAAGCAGCUUUGCUCUGA